AUUUUGUUAAUGAGGGGAAAAAUAAUCGUAAUUGAGACAGGGGACAUCCAUGGCAGCUAAGAAGACUUGUAAGAAAAAGCUUAAGGGUGAAGAGGCUGGCCAAAGCUUUAAUUAAGGGCUGACCCUACAACUUCAUGACAAGCACGUUCCGUAAUAGCCCCCACACAAACGCUUUCUUAUUUCUUUUCUUUUAAUUCAAAAGGAAAAAAAAAAGAAACAAAGAAACUGGCACAUGAUUACACAGCCAAAAGCAAAGCAAAGCAGAGUAUAACAAUUAACAACAAUGGCCCUCAGGGACCAACAUCUAGAACUUUGUUCACUCCCUAAUUAAAGCCAUUUCUUUAUCUGUUAAUAACAAUAACUGGUCUGGUUCUCUCUCUCUUUCUCUAGCUCCGUAGGAGUCUCAAGAUAUGGGUAGAAGAUCAGGUCCAAAGUUGCCGAGCUUCUGCCUCAGCAGGAUUAGGCCUCUGGUUCGAGUUCGAUCUCCACCUAUUCAACAAAAGUUUCAAGAGAAGUCUCUUAAAGCGGCUGCUCAAAAACAUGAUGAUCAAGGCUCUGAUGGCAUUGCUGGGGAUGAUCAAAAAACCACAGAAAAUGAAAUGAAACCCAGUUUGGGAAUUGGAAGGAAGAUCAUGGUUGUGGUCGAUUCUAGCUUCGAAGCUAAAGGAGCUCUUCAAUGGGCUCUCUCUCAUUCUAUUCCCAACCAGGAUAAGCUAGUUCUCCUCCAUGUUAUCAAACCGGUAUCUAGAAAAGCAGGAACAGGAACAGGGGAGCAAUUGAGCGAGGAGAAAGCUCCGAAGGCUUUUGAACUUGUUCAAGCUCUUAAGAAUAUGUGUCAAUCAAAGAAGACCGAGGUGGAAAUUGAUGUUACUGUGAUAGAGGGCAAAGAAAAGGGCCCAAUGAUAUUGGAAGAAGCAAAAAAGCAAAGCGUUGAUAUGUUGGUUUUGGGCCAAAAGAAGAGGUCGACGACAUGGCGACUUCUGAUGAUGUGGUCAGCUGGGAACAGUGGCCGAGGCGGCGUGGGGGGCGGUGUUGUGGAGUAUUGCAUUCAGAAUGCCACUUGCAUGGCCUUAGCCGUGAGGAGAAAAAACAGACGUGUAGGAGGCUACUUGAUCACCACAAAACGACACAAAGACUUUUGGCUCUUGGCUUAGCUAUAUUUUUUUAUUAAAGAAAAAAAUGAAGAAGAAGAAGUCACAUUCACAUAUAUGCAUGAUUUUAUUUAUAUUUUUAUAUAUUUUGUGAAAAUAUAUGGAGAGUUCUAACCUUAUUUAAUACUGAAUCAUGAAAUGAUCCAACGUGGUUUUUGUGUAUUGGUUGUGUAUAUAAUAAAAGUGUGGACAAUGAAAUGAAUAGUGAUGUCCUAUUAUGAAUAUAAAAGCCUCUUGGCUUUAAAUUUUUUUAUUUUCUUUUUUAAGUGUUAUUGUGGUGGUGUUUAGUUCAUUGUAUUAUAAUUGGAAUGGUAACGAGAAUAGUAAUGGACUGUAAUAAGAAGGAGAUGUUUCAUUUAAUA